AUGGAAGAUGAAAGCCAUAGCAAUUUGCCAAAUGGGUUCACCACAGAAAGCCCUGAAAGCCCUUGCUUAAAGAACAACAAUAACCACAACAACAACAACAACAAUAGUAGCAGCAAUAACAACAACAAAGAACAAGAUCGCUUUCUCCCCAUAGCCAAUGUUGGUAGAAUCAUGAAAAAAGUGAUCCCAGCCAACGGGAAAAUUUCCAAGGACGCCAAAGAGACCGUUCAAGAAUGCGUAUCGGAGUUCAUUAGCUUUGUCACCGGAGAAGCCUCCGACAAAUGCCAAAGAGAAAAAAGAAAGACCAUCAAUGGUGAUGAUAUCAUUUGGGCCAUCACAACCCUAGGGUUUGAGGAUUAUGUGGAACCAUUAAAAUCCUAUCUCCAAAAAUAUAGAGACAUAGAAGGAGAAAAGCUUAAUGUUCCAAAGCAACAACGUUCUGAACAAAGGCUACACCAUCAGCAUCAGCAUCAGCAUCAACAACACCAUCACCAUAACCAAGAUGAAACUAAUCAAACACUAAAUAGUGUAUAUACUUCUGCAAAUCUCAUUUCUCAUCAACCUCCUUAUGUAGCCACGGAUCAACCAUUUUCAUUGCCGUUUUCACCAAAUUCAAUUCAGAAACAGUUACGACCUCAAGAUCAGAUUGAUUCCGUGGGGCAUUGGUACGAGUAA